AUGCUGGUACAAGCACAUCUUCAGCCGUCAAAGACAUGUCUGGAAGCCCUCGGGGCCAAUUGCAGCCUCAAUCCUCCGGAAGAGUUUCUAUCUCCGCCACCGCCACCCACAACUCCACCUAAACUAGCUCUCCCACUCACACUCUCCAUGCCUCAUCUGACGACGGCAAUCUCUGCAUCCAGUCAACUUCAUCCUCUCCUGCACGGCCAGUCCGGCGGCAGUUUACCUCUUUCGGAGGUCGUCAGGUCGCAGACAAAAGGAAGGAUGAAGCCGGAUUAG